AUGAAAAGAAAUUUGGCUAGUGUUUGUUUGGCACUUUUGCUAAUAAAUUUAACUUUGGCUUAAGCUGGAAGAAUCGAGUAAGAUAGUAAUUUAGUUUACUUAAAGGACUUUGGUCUACAAAAUGUCUAUUCAGCUCCUGCUAAUAGAGAUUUGAAGUUUGGCGAUGUACCUUUAUCUAAUGUUUAAGUUGCAGAAUUCGAUAUUGAAUCUCCUUUCCAUAUUUUGUCCAUAUUCACCUUCCCUAGUCUCCUUUAAGCUUUUGAAAACUAAGGAAUUGAAUACACUUACCAAAACGAUAAUGUUUUCUUACCAUCCCUUGAGAAGCUUCAAGAUAUUACCCUUUCAUUGGUAGACGAAAAUAAUUAACCAUUUUUUGUUAGAUUAUAACCAUAAUAUUAUACUUAACAAUUACCUAAUGGAUAAUACCAAUUGCUAUUUAAAAAGCAAAUACGUAAUGCAGCUAUUAUUUUCGGUAAGGCUAUUCUUGAAUCUUAUUAAGUUGCUUUCGAUUAAGACAGACACUAGGUUAUCAUAGGAGAAAAGGGAUAACUAUAUAAUAAUAAUUAGAUUUGA